AAAAUGCUGCGUGUCCCCGCCGCUCUGCGUCGGCUGAGGCCGCUGGGCCGGGCCCUCGCGUCGCCCUCCGCGCGCGCCUACGCCAAGGACGUGAAGUUCGGGCCGGACGCGCGCGCGCUCAUGCUGCAGGGGGUCGAUCUGUUGGCCGACGCCGUCGCCCUCACUAUGGGGCCCAAGGGAAGAACUGUUAUUAUUGAGCAAAGCUGGGGAAGUCCGAAGGUGACAAAAGAUGGUGUGACAGUAGCCAAAGCAAUUGAUUUGAAAGACAAAUAUAAAAAUAUUGGAGCCAGGCUAGUGCAAGAUGUUGCCAACAACACAAAUGAAGAAGCAGGAGAUGGUACCACUACUGCAACAGUCCUUGCACGUGCCAUUGCAAAGGAGGGCUUUGAGAAGAUCAGCAAAGGAGCUAAUCCGGUGGAAAUCAGGAGAGGUGUGAUGCUAGCAGUUGAUGCUGUCAUAGCUGAAUUAAAGAAACUAUCUAAACCUGUUACAACUCCAGAAGAAAUUGCACAGGUUGCCACAAUCUCAGCAAAUGGGGACCAAGAAAUUGGCAACAUAAUCUCUGAUGCCAUGAAAAAAGUUGGACGGAAGGGAGUUAUCACAGUUAAGGAUGGAAAAACUCUGAACGAUGAGUUGGAAAUCAUUGAAGGCAUGAAGUUUGACAGAGGUUACAUCUCUCCAUACUUCAUUAAUACAGCUAAAGGACAGAAAUGUGAAUUCCAGGAUGCUUAUGUUUUAAUAAGUGAGAAGAAAAUUUCCAGUGUUCAGUCCAUUGUUCCAGCUCUUGAAAUUGCCAAUGCUCACCGUAAACCUUUAGUCAUAGUUGCUGAAGAUGUUGAUGGUGAGGCUCUCAGUACUCUAGUCUUAAACAGACUAAAGGUUGGCCUUCAGGUUGUUGCUGUAAAAGCACCAGGUUUUGGAGACAAUAGAAAGAACCAGCUUAAAGAUAUGGCAAUUGCUACGGGUGGCACUGUAUUCGGAGAAGAGGGUUUAAACCUGAAUAUAGAAGAUAUUCAGGCUCAUGACUUUGGCAAGGUUGGAGAGGUCAUUGUGACAAAAGAUGAUUCUAUGUUCCUGAAAGGAAAGGGAGAAAAGGCUCAAAUUGAAAAACGUAUUCUAGAAAUCGCUGAACAGUUAGAAGUUACUACAAGUGAAUAUGAGAAGGAGAAAUUGAAUGAACGACUGGCCAAACUCUCUGAUGGAGUAGCAGUACUAAAGGUUGGCGGCACAAGUGAUGUUGAAGUGAAUGAGAAAAAAGAUAGAGUAACUGAUGCGCUGAACGCUACUCGUGCUGCUGUAGAGGAAGGCAUAGUCCCAGGAGGUGGUUGUGCAUUACUUCGAUGCAUCCCAGCACUAGAUGCUAUAACUCCAGUCAAUGAAGAUCAAAGAAUUGGCAUAGACAUCAUUAAGAGAACACUGAAAAUUCCAGCAAUGACUAUUGCUAAGAAUGCAGGUGUUGAAGGAUCACUGAUAGUUGAAAAAAUCAUGCAGAGCCUGCCAGAAAUUGGCUAUGAUGCUAUGCUUGGUGAUUUUGUGAAUAUGGUUGAGAAAGGAAUCAUUGACCCAACGAAGGUCGUAAGAACUGCUCUGAUGGAUGCUGCAGGUGUUGCUUCCCUUUUAUCAACAGCAGAAGCUGUAGUUACAGAAAUUCCUAAAGAGGAGAAGGAAGCUGCAAUGGGAGGAAUGGGUGGAAUGGGGGGAGGAAUGGGAGGUGGCAUGUUCUAAUUCCUGGAAUAACAAUGUAUCAUGAACUGUGAUGGUUGAGGCUGACAGUUUGAUGAAAACCUGGUCAGUGAAAGAGGAUGGAUAGUGACUGAAGUGAGGCUGGUGUUUUAAAAGAAUCACUGUAACCAUCAGUUACUGGAUUUCAGUUAAACACAUGUAAUUGUUUACAGUCAUUGUCCAUGCCUACGGAUAAUUUAUUCUGUAUUUUUGAAUAAAGACAUUUGUACAUUCCUGA